UGUAGAAUUUGUCCGGGAAGUAAUGUCUAUCGAAGGAAAAGACGAAGAAUAAAAAAUUUGGAGCAGCACUACUACUUGGGAGCCGCAACUGAAAUACAGCUAACAUCCUCUCUCUCCUCUCUCAUGUAAAAGGGGUUUUUCAAUCUAAAUCAGGAUCAAAUAAUUAUUAAGGACUCAAGAGUAUCAGAAUGAAGGAGAUGAUGAAGCAGAAGAUGAUGAAUAGGUUUCACAAGCGGAAUUCCUCCUCCGCUUCAUCUGUUGAUUUUAAAUCAGGCGAAAAACUCGAUUUCAAGUUCUCUAGUCUUCAAGCUCUUCAGGUACCCUCAGGAUGGGAUAAGCUUUCAAUCUCUCUCAUCUCCAUAGAAACAGAUAAAACCGUUGCCAAAACAGGUAAAGCAUCUGUAUGCAAUGGAAAUUGUCGAUGGACAGAGACCUUGUCAGAAUCCAUUUGGCUCUCUCAUGAUGAUGCUUCAAAAGAGCUUCAGCAAUGCCUUUAUAAGCUUCUUAUUUUAAAGGGGUCAACUAGAUCUGGCAUCCUUGGAGAGGCUACUGUUAAUUUGUCAAGUUACAUGAGUUCUGAAACUUCUCUUCCUGUUGCACUACCUCUAAAGAAGUGUGAUCAUGGGACAAUUUUACAGGUCGCUAUUCAGUGCUUAACUCCUCGACCUAAUUCAAGAUGGAGUGACACCAACUCUUUUGCAGACAGCAGUGAUCUAGAUAACAUAUCUGAUGCACCAAAUGGUUUUGACACCAAACCUAUAGGAACUUCAACAAGCAAUAGCAUUCGGGAUACAUCUAAUUCACUUGGUAGCAGGGAGACAAGCUUUGCAACAGUGAGAUCACAUAACAGCUUUGAUUCAAUGGAGGAUUCUUUUGGCUCUCAUAGUAAUCUAAGUGAUGCUGCAAUCGAUUUGAUUGGAAAACCAGGGUCAACUACCAAUACCAUGGUCAAUGUUUAUAAUUCUCCUAGUUCUGGAAAGAAUCUUCUGAAUCGAAGACAAGAUUCUGGGAAAGUUUCACAUAAUAUCCCCGCAUCACCAUUAAGAACUUUUAGAUCCUCUGAAUAUGCUCUGGAUGAUGAUGUGGCAACAGAAGAACUUCGUGCAGAAGCAAGAACAUGGGAAAGAAAUGCUAGAAAGUUAAUGGUUGAUCUUGAAUUAUCAAGGAAGGUGACUAGUGAUCAAACAAGGAACCUGGAAAAUGUGACUAUGGAGCUUUCUGCAUUACAAACAGAAUGUAAUGAUCUGAAAAACGAAAUCAAACACCUGAAAAUUCUCCUAGGUGAAUCAGAAGUGAAAGAUAGGGAUGCUGAUAAUCUAAAAGCUCAGGUUCAAGAUAAAAACGGUAUCCAAGCAGAACUUGAAGAAGAAAUAAAAUUUCAGAAAGAUUUGAAUAAUAAUUUGAGUAUACAACUGAAUAAAACUCAAGAAUCAAAUCUUGAGCUAGUUUCUAUCCUCCAGGAACUGGAAGAACAAAUAGAAAAACAGAAAUUGGAGAUAAAUAGUCUCGAGGCAUCAGAACAAUCAGCAGUUGAUGAAGACAAUGGAGAAGAGCAUACAGGGGUAGAAGUGUCAAGAAUCACAACAGAAGACAACUGUAGACUUGAGCUUGAACUACAGAAAUUUCAGGAAUCCCAAGAAAAGUUGGAAAGUAGAAUCCUUCAUUUGGAGGAGACCCUUGAGGAAAAAAACAGAGAAAUAGAACUCGAAAGAGACCUCAAGACUCAAACUUUAUUGGACAUUGACUCAGAAUGGACAAAGAAAUUAAGUUUGAAAGACAAACAAAUCUUGAAUUUGGAAGAAAAAUUAUCAGAAGCUCUUGCUGCAAAAUUACCAGUUCUGAAGGAAACCGAGUCACAGACAAUAGAAACUCCUGAUCUCAUUGAAGAAGUUAAAGCUUUAAAGGAUAAGAUUCUUGAGCUUGAAAGAGAUUGUAAUGAGCUUACUGAUGAAAAUCUUGAACUCCUCUUUAAACUUAAAGAAUCAAGCAAAGAUUUCUCAACAAAUGGUGCUUCUGAAGUGGAAUACAGUGUAAAAGACAUCAAUGGUAAACUUGACAAUUUGAUAAUAGAGUUAAAAUCCAAAGUUGAGGAUCUGAAUAAAGAAUUAUUCACCAAAACCUCUGAGAUUGAAGAGCUUAAAUCAGACUGUUUGCUUAAGGAAGAGGAGAUUCAGUCUCAAUGUAAUCGUCUACAAGACUUCGAGGCUCAAUUGUCUGAUUUGCAAAUAGUCAACAGUCAGUUGGAGAAAAGUUUGACCGACGCUAAAGAGUCAACUCGUGUAGAAACAGAGCAUUCAGAGUCUCAAGUUAUUGAAAUCAAAAGACUGGAAAAUGAAGUGGAGGAUAUGAAAAAACGGUGGUUGGAAGCUCAAGAAGAAUGUGAGAAUCUUAAAAAAGAAAAUCCCAAAUUACAAGCUACUACAGAGAACCUUCUGGAAGAGUGUAGUUUACUUCAAAAGUCUAAUAGUGAGUUAAGACAGCAAAAAUUAGAGCUGCAUAAUCACUGCACAAAUGUGGAAGAAAAAUUGAGAGAGUCGGAAGAUAAUUUCUUGAAGUUAUCAAAGAAUUUGGAUGACUUAGAAGAAAAUUUAUCAACAAUGCUCCAUGAGAUCAUGUCAAAAGAGAAAAUGUUUGAUUCAAAACUUGAAAGUUUACAUGUGCAAUUUACAGAAGAAAAUUCAAAUGUUGAGGUCCAAUUGCAGAAAGUUACAGAGUUGCAGGAUGAGAUUGUGGCCCUUAAGAACUCGCUUAAUGAUGUGAAACAUGAGAAUGAGAGACUUGAAGCUUCAUUAGAAAUGAUGUCUGGAGAUUAUGAGGAAUUAAAGGAAGAGAAAACUUUGUUACUUGAGAAAUCCCUUAGCAUGCAGAAGUCAGUGAUUGAGUUGGAGGAGCUUAAACGUAAAAAGUUUGCCAUGGAAGAAAAACUCUUGCGUUUUGAAAGAAAUCUAACUGCUGAGGAUGUGGAAGGUGGUACAGUUGAUGAUGAGUCAUCAUCUAGAAUCCAAUCACUGGAGCUUGCACUUGAUGAGGCUUUGGAAGCCAAUAAAAUGUAUAAAAUACAGCUUAAGAGUUUGUUGUCUGAGAAAGAAGCGCGUGAAUCGGAUAUUCUGAUGGAGUUGAAGGUUAAAGAUGAAGGAAUGAAGGAGGAACAUAAACAUAAUGAUUCACUUAAGGCCGAGUUAAAUGAACUUCAAGAACGUUACCUCAACAUGAGCCUCAAAUAUGCAGAAGUAGAAGCUCAACGUGAAGACCUUGUCUUGAAGUUAAAGAACAUUGGUCCCACAAGGAGCUGGUUUUCCUAAAAUCUUCCUUUUUUUUAAUUCUCUACUUAUUAUUAUUUUCAUGAAAUUGCAUCAACAAUUCAUGGUCAUCUGUUCUAUUCUAUACGAGGAAGAAAACUGAUUUUGUUAUAUGUCAUUGAUGGAGAGAACAUGAGUAAAUAGAAAAUUGGUGAGGUAAGCAAUAUCAUGUUUCUUUUCUUUUUUUGUUUUUGUUUUUGAGAGAAGAGGACCAUGUGCCAGUUCAACUUAAGGUAUAUCUUAUUGAACAUUUGUUGAUCUUUA